GAAAUUCAUGUGUCAGAAGCGACCGUGUCGUCUGCCAGUUCAAAGUACCUUGGAAAGAAGUUAAUUUAGGACACGGCCAGCCGUGUAAAUAUAUCCGUGUCAGAAGCUAGUUUCCUUGCUCAUAGCUUUUGAAGUUUUGCAAUUUUCGUUUUCUUUAACCAAAAGUAGCUGACAGCAAUCGGAAAGUCCAUCAUGUGUUCAAAACUUGGGAGCCAUGGACACACCAUACUCUCACAAAUUUCAUCAGUUCAUAAAACUAGUAUCCGGUCUCUUAUGAGAGCAGUGCAAAUUCAUAGAUUUGGAGGUCCUGAGGUUCUACAAGUAGAUCACAUUGAAGUACCUGAAGAAAAAGACAACGAAGUUUUGGUGAAAGUAGAACGGUGUGGUAUAAAUCCUAUUGACGUAUACACUCGAGAGGGUGGUUUUGCAAUUCUUCCCCCUCUUCCCAUUGUACUUGGAAAGGAAGCUUCAGGCACAAUAUUAAGAAAAGGCAAAAAUGUUUCAAAAUUCAAAGAGGGAGAUAGAGUGUAUUGUUGCUUGCCAUGGAAUGGUGGUUAUGCAGAAAAUUUAGUGUGUUCAGAGGACAAUACGUUUUUAUUGUCAGAUAGGCUUUCAUUUUCUCAAGGAGCUGGAAUGUAUGUUCCAUAUUUCACAGCAUAUCGUGCUUUGGUCAUCAAAUGUAGGAUGCAGCCAGGAGAGAAAUUACUUGUUCAUGGGGCAAGUGGCGCUGUAGGAAUCGCAGCUGUCCAGCUUGCCAAACACAAAGGGUUGUGUGUGGUAGGAACGGCGGGUACUGAAGCAGGAUUAGAGGUGGUCAGAAAGGCAGGUGCUGACUAUGUUUUCAACCAUAGAGAGGAGGACCACUUAAGAAAGGCUCAUGAGGUCACCGAUGGAAAAGGGUUCGAUGUUCUCCUAGAAAAUAUGGCCCAUGUCAACCUGGGCAAUGACUUAAUGGUUUUGAGCCAAAAGGCCAGACUUGCGGUGGUGGGUUCCAGGAACGAGGUAACAAUUAUUCCAAGGCAUCUCAUAUACACAGAAGCUUCAAUUGUGGGCAUUAAGCUCUCUGCAAACACAAAGGAGGAAAUGCAAGAGAUGGGAGAUUUUCUUUUGAAAGGGGCCAAUGCAGGGUGGAUUAAUCCCAUAAUUGACACAGAGUUUGACCUUGACUCUGCCAAAGAUGCCCAUAAUUUAAUUGUCUCUAACAGAGGUGCAAGAGGAAAACUAGUUUUUAGAACUUAAGUCUGUCCAUCUGUCAAUGUAUAUAAAAAAAAUAAAUGAAUUUAUAUUUUACUGA